AUGUUAAAAUUUUUUAAGAAGCGAAAUGAUAAAAUAGAAUAUGUCUGCUUGCUGUUGCCUCUUCAAAACUCACAAAAAGCAACUUGUAUUGGUCAUCCCGUUAAAUUUACACCCGUGAAAAAAAAUGCGACUAGAUUUGGCCACCCGCAUCAAAGUACGUCGAAUUUCGGAGAGCUUGGUUGUUCUGGACUCGGGUGGGAAGUGGCUGACUUGUUCUUUUCCACGCCCGAAAAAAGGUCGCCAUGGAUUGUGAGAAAAAAAAACGUACCAUCCUCUUUGAUUCGAAUUGGUAAUCCACAAAAAUUCUGUACUCGGCGCAGUUCGCUCUCGAUAAACUACGGACAGCCGCACCCUGCGACGCACCCGCACCUACUGAAGAGUGAUGAGGUUAUACCCUUUACCAGCAAAAAUGAAUACGUCGAAAGAAGGCACACGUUUUUGAAGCAGAUGCCGUUAGGCAGCGUCGCUAUUUUCCCAUCGGCGCUCCAUUGUAUCAUGUCCUCCGACAUCCACUACGCCUAUCGGCAAAACAGUGAUUUCGCCUAUUUGUGUGGAUUUGCAGAACCAGAAAGCGUGAUGGUUCUGGAAAAAAAAUGGUCUGGAGAAAAAAUUUCCGCAUUGUUUGUGAAGCCGCGAAUACCUGAACUGGAGCUUUGGGAGGGUGCUUGCACAGGCGUGGAAAGGGUUUGCUCGAAUUUCGGAUUCGACGCCGCCUAUUCAAAAAGCCAGUUGGCGGACAUUCUGCCUUCAAUUCUGUCUGCGGCUGACUUCAUCGCGUACAACAACAUUCCAAACGCCUUCCAAAAAGUUUUCCAAUCUAUGCUAGAGCCUCUGCGUGAUCGGGUCAUCAAUCCACAAUCGAUUGUUCAGCGAAUGCGCCUCAUUAAAUCACCAAGCGAACUGCGGCUCAUCGAACGCUCUUGCGAAAACAGUGCUCGAGCGUUCGUCCAAGUUAUGAGGACGAGCAAGCCUCUAAUAAGCGAACAAGAGUUAGAUGCGUUGAUCGAAUUCGAAUGCAGAAGGCGUGGCUGCCAAAGGCUGGCUUAUUGUCCAGUUGUCGCCAGUGGCCUCUCGUGCAAUACGCUGCAUUACAUUGACAACAACAGAAUCGUACAAGAUGGGGACCUGAUUCUCAUGGACGCCGGAGGCGAAUAUUUCAAUUAUGCCUCCGACAUCACUCGCACGUGGCCAGCGAACGGCAGGUUCUCUCCCGCGCAACGCCAAGUCUACGCCGCAGUGUUAAACGUGUACAAGAAGUGCCUCGAAGUGGCCAAGCCCACUGCCGUCUUAAACGGGCGAAGUACCACCAUGUCACUUUUCGAGCUGCAGAAAUACGCCAUAGAAUGCACGAAACACGAGCUGAAUGCCCUCGGCAUACCACAGAACGGUGACCUCGCCGUGGAGAGGUUCUACCCUCACAUGAUCGGUCACUACUUAGGCAUGGACAUUCACGACGUUUCGCUGAUUGGGUACAAUGAACCCUUCGCGCCUGGAAUGGUCAUUACCAUAGAACCUGGGCUCUACAUACCGGACGAUCCCGACGUUCCAGAUCGAUACAGAGGCAUUGGGGUGAGAAUCGAAGACGACAUCCUAAUCACAGACAACCAGCCAAAGGUUUUGACCGACCUGGCGCCGAAGGAAACAGAUCAAAUCGAGAACUUGCUAAGGCGGUAAAGGGGUCGCGCAAUCUACGGCACAAUGUUACAAUGGGCGCCGUUUGAAAAUAAAAACUCGG